AUGUCUUUCGUUGGCGGUGUUUGGGCUGAGAAAUCGUGUCCUAUAAAACCUUCAUUCCAACAAGUUGCUCGUGCAGUUUACAAAGCGGAAGAUGUAACUGUGGAUUUCGUAAACAAGAGCCAAGAAGUGUUGAAGAAGGUGAACACAUGGGCCGAAAAGGAAACCAAUGGAAUAAUUCAAAAUCUCCUACCUGAUGAUGCAGUCAAUAGACUUACCAGAUUUAUAUUGGCGAAUGCACUCUAUUUCAAAGGAUUUUAUCGACGGCGAUCAGAUGAAUAUCGAGGUUGUCAAGUUCAAAAUGAAAUGGUCAAGACUCAACAUAGCUACCAGAAGAUCGACGGAUGUCAAAGUCAAGAAGUGCCGAAGAAGGUGAACACAUGGGCCGAAAAGGAAACCAAUGGAAUAAUUCAAAAUCUCCUACCUGAUGAUGCGGUCAAUAGACUUACCAUAUUUAUAUUGGCGAAUGCACUCUAUUUCAAAGGAUCUUGGGGACGAAUAAAACAAUUUGAUCCAUCGCUGACCAAGAUGUCAAAGUUUUAUCUCCUUGACGUAAAACAACCAGUACAUGUUCCGUUCAUGUCAUCACUGGGAAAUCAAUAUGUAAGUUGUUAUGAUAGCUUUAAAGUACUGCGACUUCCAUACCAAACUGACGGAAAAAGCGGUCCAUAUUUUUCUAUGUACAUCUUUUUACCUGAGCAACCCGAUGGGCUCGGUGAACUUAUAGAAAAAGUGAUUUCUGAUCCCGCCUUUAUAGAUCAAUAUCUCCCAGUUUGUAGGGUACCAACGAGAGAAUGCAAGAUUCCGAAGUUCAAAAUCUGUUUUGAUAUUGAAGCAAAAAGGGUUCUAGAGAAAGCAGGAGUAGUUUUGCCUUUUGAUGAAUGGAAAGCAGAGCUGACUGAGAUGGUAAACAUUCAUCAUAGUUAUGGACCUUGCAAUCUUUAUGUUUCUAAAAAAUUUCACAAGUGUUUUGUUGAAGUUGAUGAAAAAGGAACUGAAGCUGCUGCUUCUACUGCUGUUAUUGGGAAAAUAGUAAUGCAAUCUCUGGGUCCUCGUACACCUCCUCGUCUGGUCGAUUUUGUGGCAGAUUGUCCUUUCAUGUUCAUUAUAAGAGAAGAGCAAAGUGGUGCAAUGUUGUUCAUGGGGCAUGUCCUUAAUCCUUCAUUAAAUUAG